UUUACUAGGAAUACGGAUGGUUAUUCUAAUAUUAAAAUUUAGAUAAAUAAUUUAGAGGUGUAGUAUAUUUUUAUUUGAUUAAUAGUUAUUCAUAUUGUUCAAGAAAGUCAUUGAUUAGUUAGCAUAACCAUAAAAAAUACAUUCUUUUGUGUCUUUAUCAAAAGUGGUCCCAUAUAAUAUACCUCAACAUUAACAAUAACCAAUCCUUGUUCACCACCAACUACACUGACUUUUCCUAUUGGCUCAUGGCUGCAAUGGUUUCUAUUUCCGUAGCCAAGGCUGAUGACGAAGAGGUUACCAUUCAUAUCCCAAACCUUGUGAAGGUUUUCAAGGACGGGUCCAUUGAGCGCCUCCAAAACUCUCCACUUGUUCCACCUUCGACUCUUGGAUCAGUUUCUUCCAAAGACGUCGUCAUCUCCAACAACCCCUCCAUCUCCGCGCGUCUAUACCUUCCAACAAAGCUCAUCCACCACCACGACGCCCACAAAGUCCCCAUCUUGGUGUACUUCCACGGCGGAGCCUUCUUCUUUGAAUCUGCAUUCAACGAGCGCCACCACAACUACUUCAACUUGUUCCUCUCCAAAGCAGAAGCAGACAUCUUAGUUGUCUCUGUUGACUACAGGCUGGCACCGGAGAUCCCUCUCCCCGCAGCAUAUCAUGAUUGCUGGCAAGCACUCAAAUGGGUGGCUUCCAAUGAUUAUGAUCCAUGGAUCCUCAACCAUGGCGAUUUCCAAAGAGUGUUCCUCGGCGGCGACAGUGCCGGUGCUAACCUUGUUCACAACGUUGCUUUGCGUGCUGGUGCUGAAGCUCUACCUAACGGGGUCAAAGUGUUGGGUGCUUUUCUCUCUCAGCCAUACUUCUUGAGCACAAAACCCAUCGGAUCUGAAGCAGUGGAAGGGCACGAGGAGAGUCCACCGUAUGUGGUGUGGGGUUUGGUGUAUCCGAAUGCGCCCGGCGGGUUGGAUAACCCACUGAUCAAUCCCUUGGCCCCUGAGGCUCCCAGCUUGGCUACUCUUGGGUGCUCCAAGAUAAUAGUUUGCGUUGCUGAAAAGGAUUCAUUAAGGGACAGAGGGGUUUGGUACUAUCAAGCUGUUAAGAACAGUGGGUGGCAUGGUCAUCUGGAACUCUACGAAGCUGAACACGAGGACCAUGUUUUUAACAUUCACACUCCCGAAUCCGAAAAUGCUUUGAAACUCAUGAAACGCUUGGCUCACUUUAUCCUUCACUGAAUCUUAUAACGUGUCUUCUUCUUCUUAGUUACAUAUUACAAGCAGGCUACUGAAAAUUAAAAUUAAGGGAUGUAUUGCAAUUUGUGUGCUAGUGAGUAAUUUUGCAUUUGCCAAAGUUUCUUUCAUAAUACGCGAUAAUUAAAGUGAUGGGUAUGCAAGUUCUUGCCUUAAGUGUUGGUGUCUAAUGUCUAUACCUCUCAACGCAAUUCUCCGUUUGAAUUUUCAACUAUGUUUAUUUUCUCUUUACAUGCAAGUUUGUGGUGGUUGUAGUCAUGAAAUCUAAUUAUCUAAU